GUGAUGAUGCGAUUAUUCUUUCUGAUCUAAAUAGAAUAAAUAUAUUUUCGAUAUUACGUACAAUCUGUCACUUGUGAAGUCUAAUAAUUGCAAUAUAUGGCAACCUUGCCAACUAACCUCAAAUUCUGAUUAUAUUUCUUUGUGUGCUUUGUAAACUGUAAAUUAUUGAUGUUUCAAACUUAUAUUUGUGUCUCGCGAUUGUUUAGCUAAGUUUUCAAAAUGCCUUACAAGUGCUGCGUACCUAAUUGCGCCGGUAAUUACGGGAACGGUCCGAAGGUACACGUAUUUUCGUUUCUAUUGAAUGAAAACUGUCGUAAAAGAUGGCUCACUGCAAUCCUUCGUAGUGAUUGAGUGGUCACAAAAAACACCAGAGUAUGCAAUUUGCACUUUGCUGAUGACAGCAUCAUUUGGGAAUCCACCUUCCAUGACGAAAAGACAGGACAUAAUAUCAAGCAGAAGAAGCCAAGACGACAAAUUGCGGGACAAGGAACAAGAACAACUACUUAAAGCACUGCAAAGGAGCAUUGAUGAUUAUUCCUCCUAUCAAAAAUCAACAAGUUUUCAAAAUUAUUCAGACUUUCUCACAGUUUUCAGUUCAUGGCAAUGUCCAUAUGGGUGGCAUAAAAUUGUUCAGGAUAAAGUUACUUUGUUUAAGUUAGAAUAUAAACCAGCACCCAUCAUAUCUCACUCUGUAAUUGUUGUUAAAUAUCUCAAUGUAGAAACGUAA